UGCAAAUCUCAUCCACCACCGCUCCCUGCGUGAGCGAGCGGUGUAGGCUUCAGCCGCUUUAUGGAAGUCCACUAAAUUAAGAAUGUUAUGUAAUAGCUUACCAACGUGAAGUUUGUUUUUUUCAAGAUGCAUCCCUUAAUGGUCUCUAUUCCCUCUUUUCGAUUGGAGGACAAUUCUUUGGAAAGAGGAUAUACGGUCUUCAAGAUUGAGGUGUUGAUGUGUGGCCGCCAACACACUAUUGAGAAACGCUACAGCGAAUUCCACAAUCUGCAUAAAGCGCUGAAGAAAAUAACCAAAGUUCCUGAGAUUCCCUCCAAACAUGUGAGGAACUGGAUCCCCAAAGUCCUGGAGCAGAGGAGACAUGGGCUGGAACUCUACCUCCAGACUAUAAUCACGGAAAAUGAGGUUCUCCCCAAGAUAUUCCUGGAUUUCCUCAACAUCCGCCAUUUUCCAUCGCUGCCAAAAACCGAGAGUUGUGGGUCUUUUGACACAGAUUUAGAGGAGUCAAGCAAGCUGACUCAUCAGCCCGCCCUUCUCUUCCUGAGGGACCCCUAUGUGCUCCCAGAUAACCACGACACAUUUCCUAAUGUGGUCACUGAAGGAGUGAUCCAUGGAAUGUUCUACCCCGACCUCCAGCCGAGGUAGACUGGAGACUGAAGGACUCCAGAGGCCCUCCGUGAAGAGAAAGUACACACUAACGCUGACCUCUACUUGAGAUCUCACUAACAUGUUAGAGAGACAUAUGGAUACAGAUUGGAAACGUUGUCCUCUCCUAAACUGGCCUUCACAAAUCGACUGACCUUAAGUUAGUACUACAGUGUGUAGUUAUGUAUGUAUGUAUGUAUGUAUGUAUUUCACAGCCUACACAGUACCUCGGAAACCAAUUGUGACAUGGGCAGAAACAGUGGAAAUGUCGAAUGCUUAAAAAGAGUGUCAUGUAGGCUGUGAAGUGUAUCUUUUGAAGUAUUUCUUUUCAUGUUUACUAAAUCCUGACUUUGGUUCUGAUCUAUUUAUAUGAAGUACUGCAUGCCCCUCAGAAAUGGGGUACGAUAUGCCUUGGAUGACAAAGGGAUACCUGACCAUACGUGAAGUCUAAAUGUACUGUAUGCGUACUGAAGGAAGGAGGGAAUUCUUCACCCAUUAAUGGAAACUAAAUACACUAAUCCGUGACUUGUGAAAUCUGUGUGAUGGGGCAAUCUCACUGCUUGGUGAAGACAGUGCGAUGCCGAUUCAGUUACUGAGGGACAGGAGUUGACGACAUCUUCAUUCAUUGGUUUCCCAUCGUUCAUUUUCCUACAGUUGACUUCUGUGUACAUCGUGAUCACAAACUCCCUUCAUGUCAAGGGUGUUGAAGAAACUAAACUUUGUUAUGGUAAACUCUGGUACAUUGUUUUUGAAUUGAGAAAUGAACAGUGACAGAGUUGUUUUUUAUAUAUAUUCUCUAUGUACAUUACAUGCGGCAUUCAGCCAACACCUACAUUUAGAUGGAAUAGUACAUUUGCACUCCACGUCGAGCCAGUUCACUACAAAUUCUAUUUUUGUUUUUGUUUUGUUUUUUUUAUUAACAAAAAAGGCCCUGAAUCAUGACUUAGUACUUCUCUGUGUGUGUGUGACUGUGUGUGAGUGUGUGUGUGUGUGACUGUGUGUGUGUGUGUGUGUGUGUGUGUGUGUGUGUGUGUGUGUGUCUAGUCAUUCUAGAAGUCUUGGUGAUUGGUGCUGCUCACCCAGUUGAAUUUGACUGAAGCACUUUAACCUUAUCACAGUGAACAAUCACAUGUGCUCUAUAGUGAAUACCAUGGUAAUUUCACAGCAAUAAAAAAUCUAUUCACGUACGUAUUGAUGGUGCUGUCCUCUCAUGUUUUGCAAGCCUUUAACCAAUCCCCCCCCCCCAAAUUCAGAGGUGGAAAAAUCCAGUUUCAGCGAGUAAAAGGUGAAUUAGCUACUCUACCUACAGUAGCUGAAGAGUUGUGCUUAUUAGAAUCAGCUGGUUUAAAUUAAUAGUUGGCACAGAUAUGUGGUAGGACUUUUACUCACCGAAACUGGAUUUUUCCACCUCUGGCCAAAUUGCUGUUUGUGGCUAAUGCAUGAGGUGUGUAGUCAGAAUACCACUGGGGCUAAAGUAAAGUCUGCAAAAACACAUAAACUCUUGAGAUAAUGAAAAUAUGAAUAGACUUAUUUCAUGAUCCAUUACAGGAAUGUUGCCAAGGAAAUAUUGCUACUGGGUACUGCCAGUAGAAAUAGAAAUUAUUAUGACACAAUCAGAGUGCAAGUAAUGUUUGUUCCUUUGCUUUAAUCUGGGCAAUAAAUCGUCCCCCUGAAAAU